UUCCCUAGAGAAUAUUUCAGAGUCCUCCCCCAACGGGUCUACUUUGUUUUUUUUUUUUUUUUUUCUCUGGAGAUGCCUGGAAGUAUAAAGCCAUUAGAUUUGGAUGGUGUGCAAGUUCCUUAUCAUUUCAGGUGUCCGAUCUCACUUGAGCUCAUGCGUGACCCUGUAACGGUCACCACCGGCCAAACCUAUGACCGAACCAGCAUCGAGUCAUGGGUUGCAACUGGUAACACCACUUGUCCUGUCACUCGAGCCCCUCUCUCUGACUGCACUUUCAUCCCUAACCAUACCCUUCGCCGCCUUAUUCAAGAUUGGUGUGUCGCGAACCAGGCCUUUGGUAUCGAGCGAAUUCCUACACCUAAACAACCUGCCGAGCCUACCAUGGUUCGGUCUUUACUGAAUCAAGCUUCCUCCGUUUCGAAUCCGUUUCAAUCUCGUCUUUCUGCUGUGCGUCGACUCAAGGGACUCGCCCUAGACUCUGACAAAAACCGGUCUGUGCUUUCCUCUCACAACGCACGUGACAUACUCAUUAGCAUCUUAUUUUCAGACAUGGGUUCCGGUUCGUCGGAGUUGAACCAGGAGGCACUUGCGCUUUUAGUAAUGUUUCAACUCACCGAAUCCGAGUGCGCUUCAAUCGCUUCCGAUUCAAACAGAGUAUUCUACUUAUCAGAACUCUUGUUCCACUCCUUGAUCGAAGUCCGAGUCAACUCAGCUUCGCUCAUCGAAAUCGUUCUCUCUGGAACUAGAUCGUCAGAUCUUCGAGCACAGUUAAGCAAUGUAGAUGAAAUCUUCGAAGGUGUCACCGACAUAUUAAGAAACCUCAACUCUUAUCCAUGCGCGUUAAAAACCAGCAUUCGAGCUCUUUUUGCCUUGUGCUUAGUAAAACAAACAAGGCACAAAGCGGUUCAAGCCGGAGCGGUCGAGACGUUAAUCGACAGGUUAGCCGAUUUGGAUAAGGGCUCCGCAGAACGAGCUAUGGCGACGAUAGAGUUGUUAUGUCGGAUCCGCUCGGGUUGUUCUGCGUUUACGGCACACGCGCUUACGGUUCCAUUGUUGGUUAAGACAAUAUUAAAGAUUUCGGACAGGGCUACGGAGUACGCGACUGGUGCGCUCAUGGCGCUGUGUUCAAAGUCGGAACAGAGUCAAAGGGAUGCGGUGAGUGCGGGCGUACUGACGCAGUUGCUGUUGUUGGUUCAAAGCGAUUGUACGGAUAGGGCUAAGAGGAAGGCUCAAAUGCUGCUUAAGUUGCUUCGGGAUUCAUGGCCUGAAGAUUCUUUUAGGAAUUCGGAUGAUUUUGCUUGCAUUGAAAUCCUACCCUUUUGAAUGAU